AUGCUUGGACGGAUUCCGAGGUCGCCCGGGCCUGGAUCCGCUCAGCACCACAACGGUGGAAGACCUUCGUUAGAAAUCGCGUUGCCCUCAUUCAGGACAACGUGCCGGUAUCAGCUUGGGGUCACGUCGACACGGAGUCCAAUCCGGCGGAUCACUGCUCCCGCGGGCUUUAUCCUCGCGAUCUGGUGGCCUGUUCGAUGUGGUGGGCAGGCCCUGAGUGGCUUGUUCGCUUCGAACCCAGUUGAGCCUUCCCACGAUUCGGAAACCCCUCCGAUCGAGGAGGAGAAAAUCGUAUCGCUCGUGGCGCUCGAGCCGCCUGACGCGGUACAUUCAUUGCUCGAAAGAUUCUCAUCAAUCGAGAAAAUUGGCCGAAUUAUAGCAUACAUUCUCAGGUUUGUACAUCACUCCCGUGCAAAAUCUGCUCCUACGACUUUGGCCAUAGAUCAGCUCGAACUGCAUUCCGCGUUACUACUCGUUGUGAAGAGUGUACAGGCGGAUGCUUUCCGCGAUGAGAUCGAUCGUCUUCAAAGCGGGAGAAGGCUCCCCAAGCCCUUUCGCAAACUCGCUUCCUUCCUUGAUCCGGUGGGUAUUCUCAGGGUGGGCGGCAGGCUUGCAAAAUCCGGAUUGACAUUCGAGAACAAGCACCCUGCCUUACUGCCCUGUAAACAUAGACUCACAGAUCUCGUUAUCGAACACGUGCACCGCACGAACAUGCACCCUGGUCGGCGCACGCUGCAGUACCUGCUCACGCAACAUUAUUGGGUCCUCGGGGUGCAUCGCGCUAUACAACGCGUACUCUCGAGAUGUCAUCAAUGUUUCCGCGUAAAGCCACACACCUCUCAGCCCCUCAUGGCGGAACUACCGGCCGAUAGGGUCCGACAGGCCAAGCCAUUUUCGAUCAGCGGCGUGGAUUUCGCGGGACCGUUCAACAUAGUCACGCGACGAGCCCGGGGGGUCUCCUCCGUCAAAGUGUACGCGUGCCUUUUCGUAUGCUUUUCGGUUAAGGCGGUGCACCUGGAAGCCGCCUUCUCGUUGUCCACCGACUCCUUCCUCGCUGCGCUGCGACGCUUUGUGGCCCGACGCGGACGCUGCUCGCUUCUCUACAGCGACUGCGGAACGAAUUUUGUAGGGGCCGCACGGGAACUAGAAAGCCGCAUGGGCCUCGCAGCGGAGCGAGAGAAGAUCAAGUGGUCCUUUAAUCCUCCCUCCGCGCCCCACUUCGGGGGCCUCUGGGAGGCGGGAGUCAAGACCUUUAAAACCCACCUGCGGCGGACCGUGGGUGAUCAAGUCCUCUCAAUAGAGGAAUUCACGACGGUCCUCGCGCAGGUCGAGGCCGUCCUGUAUUCCAGACCCCUCUGCCCGAUGAGCGCCGACCCUACCGACCUCGAAGUCCUAUCGCCGGGUCACUUCCUCACGAUGGAACCGCUCGUCUCCGUUCCCACUCAAGACGUGACCCCGUUACCGAUGAAUCGGCUGAGUCGGUGGCAACUCGUCCAACGAAUACACCAAGACUUUUGGAGGCGCUGGCAUCAGGAGUAUCUCCAUACGCUGCAACAGCGUCCCAAAUGGUGGACCUCAGUCAACCCGCUCGGUGUCGGUGCGUUAGUCCUCCUCAAGGACGCCAACAUGCCUCCUCUGCGUUGGAGGCGAGGACGAGUGGAGGCGCUGCAUCCGGGCAGCGACGGCGUCCCGCGUGUCGCCACGGUGCGGGUGGCGGACGGCACUAUCACGCGUCCCCUAGUGAAGCUGUGCCCCCUACCGAUGGGCCCUGCUCCACAGGCGACCGAUUCAAAUUGA